AUGACAAGCUUAGUUGAAAACAAGUUGAAAAAGUCACUUGCUCGAUUCAGGGAAAGAAUUAACAAUGGAUCGUAUUACGAAGCACAGCAAACUAUCAGGUCCAUUACUAACAGAUAUGUCCAUGCCAAGAACUACGAAGCAGCAGUUUCAUUGCUUUAUCAAAGCACAAUGAUUUUACUAGAGAGCAAGCAAUAUGAUGAGGCAGCAGACUUGUACCUUUACAUGCUUGAAGUUUUUCAGGAUGAGAACAAAGAGAUUGACUUGUUUGAGAGGGACGAUGUCAACAAGAUCAUGAGUUUGAUUACACUUUUCCCUGACACCGAUGCCAACUUGGGUAACUUGGCAAAGGAGACGUCCAAAUUUCUCACCUCGAAACUGGGCAAUUCUGUAGGAUUGCCAAAGCUGAACUUUUUGUUAGGUUCCAAACUGUACAACAGUGGCAAUGUUUCGCUAAUCAGCCAAAGUGAAGGAUACUUGUUCCUCUCUGAAGAUGCUAAAGCAUUAGAAAUGAUUAUUGACCUCGAAUACAAGACAUGGAAAACCUCCAAAGUUACCAACGAUUUUGGUCUGUACCUUGCAAGAACUGUGUUACCAUAUUUGGCGAUUAAGAAUGUAAAGUUUGCUAGGAUGGCAAUCAACGAAUUUAUGGAGAGGUUUCAAAAGGAUCAACCAGACCUGCAGACUGAGGCCAUUGAUGGUAUGUUCAUAUUUGACGGUCCAGAAGAGACAAACCUCAACGACAAAUUACUCAAUUGCCAGAAAUUGGUAAAUUUUCUCCAGCUGUUAACCACACUGUUGAGUAGAGGUAAGAUUGAAGAUGCCAACGUGUUUCAGCUUUUGAUAAAACGGUACCAGGAUAUUAUCAAAACUUACGAUGGUUUGUUGGAGAGGAUAAACGAAAUUGCCGGUAUUUACUACAAUAUUUCCUUUAUUAAAAAACAGUCUAAUUUAUUGCAGGACAUGAUGGGUAGUUUCCUUGGUGGUGGGAAAUAG